UCUGGACAGUAUAGUAAAAUGUGUGUUGAUUUCAAUCAUUGUGGUAGUGUAGAUACUUCUGAAAACUUUCUGCAUUCACAGACCAAAGGAUCUGAGCUUCAUUCAUUCUAAUCCUGUUGUCCUCACCUGUGGGAGACGUAUUGGCCUGAAGGACUAACAGUGUUUGACUGUCCAGGUGUCUGACAUGUCUGUGGUUAAAAUCCUCUGCUGUUUGCUGUUAACGUAUCACCUCUGUGAGGGGAAGAAAAUUAAAGGACAUGGACCAGCCGACGCAGAGCAGAAGGCCGUUCCACAGGUUAAAGAGCCGUAUGUCAGCAGUUCAGUCUUCAGCCUGUUUUUACAAGGUGAGGACACCUGCGCACUGGACCCUCUGCAGCUGCAAACGCUGACCUCCUGUGGCUUCAACAGCAGUAAUCCCCUCAUCAUCAUCACUCACGGGUGGUCGGUGGACGGUAUGAUGGAGGGUUGGGUGCUCAGAUUAGCCUCAACCCUGAAGACAAGUGUGAUCAACAUCAACGUGGUGAUCACAGACUGGCUGACUCUGGCUCACCAACACUACCCCAUCGCUGCCCAGAGCACACGCACCGUCGGAAAAGACAUCGCCCACCUGCUGCAGCUACUUAAGGAAUAUUACCAAUUCCCACCUAAAAAGGUCCAUUUGAUUGGCUACAGUCUUGGUGCUCACAUCUCUGGAUUUGCAGGAAGUUAUAUGGAAAGUUCAGAGAAAAUUGGAAGAAUUACUGGUCUUGAUCCUGCAGGGCCCCUGUUUGAAGGAAUGUCUCCCACAGACCGACUGUCACCAGAUGACGCAGAAUUCGUCGAUGCCAUUCACACCUUCACCCAUGAACGUAUGGGCCUCAGUGUGGGCAUCAAGCAGGCUGUGGCACAUUUUGACUUUUACCCCAAUGGAGGAGACUUCCAACCAGGAUGUGACCUGAAAAACAUCUAUGAGCACAUAACCCAGUACGGACUCCUCGGUUUUGAGCAGACAGUGAAAUGUGCUCAUGAGCGAUCUGUCCAUCUGUUCAUUGACUCCAUACUGAAUAAAGACAAGCAGAGCAUGGCCUACAGGUGCAGCGACAACAGUGUAUUUGACAAAGGCGUCUGCCUCGACUGUCGAAAGAACCGCUGCAACACACUGGGCUAUAAUAUCAAGAAGGUCCGCACCGUCACCAGCAAAAGGUUCUACCUCAAGACACGCUCCCGGAUGCCUUACAAACUCUAUCAUUACCAGUUCAGAAUUCAGUUUGUCAACCAAAUGGAGCGCAUCAAACCCUCUCUCAUCAUUUCUCUCACUGGAACAAAAGAGGAAAGUGGAGACCUACCCAUCACAUUCACUGAUCAUGUCACAGGUAACAAGACGUCCACCAUUCUGAUCACCCUGGACAAAGACCUGGGGGAUCUGAUGCUGCUCAAACUUCACUGGGAGGGACCGGCUCUGUGGAAGAACGUCUGGAACCGAGUGCAGACCAUCAUCCCCUGGGGUGGCCAGGGGAGAAACCCACAGCUCACCGUGGGUAAAAUCAGUGUCAAAGCAGGCGAGACGCAGGACAGGACGUCGUUUUGCGCGAUGACAGAUGACGAACAGUCUAUUGAAGUGGCUCAGGAUAAAGUGUUUGUGCGCUGUAAAAACGACACACCAAAACAACGCAGAAGAAAACUCAACUAAUGAACUGAGUCCCUACGUCUGCUCAGAUGGGUGGUGAAAUAGUAACCUGUUCUUACCCACUUCAGCAAUUUACAACUUCAAUAUAAUAUCUAAGCUUUGUGUUGCAGUUUUGCUUCAUUAUAGAUGUGUCUCAGGGGUUGAAGUAACUGGAUUUCAAAUUGUAAACCACAGACAUUGAGCACAAAGUCAGAAGUUCAAUGACAUUUUGAUAACAGCAAUUCCAUGGGACGUAAAUGUAUUUUUUAAGUGUGUGUAUGUGUUAAAAUAAUUGAAAUGCAUCUGUUAAUUAAUGUCAAGCCACUGCAAUAAAUAUUCAUUCUUAUUUUCUAUUUUA